AUGGUGAAUGUGAUGAAAGGAGUCCUUGUUGAGUGUGAUCCGGCUAUGAAACAGUUCCUGCUCCACCUGGACGAGACACUUGCACUCGGACGGAAGUUUAUUCUUCAAGACCUGGAUGAAACUCACCUGUUCAUAUCAUCCGAUAUAGUAGAGACAUUACAAGCGCGUGUUGAUGAUUUGAUGGAUCAACUUAGUAUUCCAGUUCAUGAUAAAGGCCUCUAA